CCACUACACAACCUGGGCCCCAAGACAAAUGUAAGUGGCUCCAAUCCCAUUUCCUUUGCCUUGUCCAAGGGCAAGAGAGGGGCCUCAUCGGAUCUGCUGUCCCUGAUGCAGACUUGGCUCUAAGGACUCCCCGGCCCCCACUGGGAUCCGUGUCCUGCUUCAACUUCUCUGGGAACAUGAGUCCGUGUGGUCCUGCUAAAACAAUCGCCCCUGUCUGCCUCUGAGCCAGCUGGACCAGAGCUUGCACCCAGUAGAGUUAUUUUCCAAAGAAACUGUUCGCAUCUGUUUUAAGCUUGUGUCCUUGGGAACCUCCAAGUCUUCAGAGCAAAUGCCUUUUGUUAAGGUGUCAGGAGGUACCUGACUCCAAGCCAGAGAGGAAGAAGGAAAACCACUGCCCAGGAGAGGUGGGCAAGCGUGGGGGAGGCAGGAGCUCCAAGCAGAUGGCUUCUCCUGCAGCCGGGGUGCCUCUCGCUCCUUCUCAGAAUGGGCUGCCUGGGGAGGAAAACCCUGCCUUUCUUCCUCAUUUUUGUGCCCAUAUAUCUAUGUGGGGCUUUGUUGCAAGAAACUGCACCUGAGAGGCAAAGAAAACCAUUCCUUGAGAGGCUCUGUAGACUAGAAGCACAGUUUUGGAGGUUCCAAGAGGCAACCCUAAAGCACCUGCAGGGCAUCGCCAGCAACUACAACCUGUCCUUCAUCAUGGAGGCCUGGUUCUGGAGCCUGGCCCACGAGAGCCAGGCCGUGGCCCUGGCACUCAGCCAGCUGCAGGCCGCCGUGCAGGGCGACCUGGGCCACCUCAAGACCUGGGUGUGGAAGACUCAGUGCAGAGGCCAGAAGGUGGACAACAGGCUGCUGGCCUUGGGCGCCGCCCUGAGUGAGAGGAGCAAGCAGCGCGCCCAGGAGAGGAAGGGGCAGGAGGAGCAGAGGAACGCCCUCUCUUGCUGGCCCUGGACGUGCAGGCCGCACGGCAUGCUGGCUCGCCUGAUGCCCCUCGUCCAGAGCCAGGGCGCCAGGCUGGCAGCUUUCAAGGGGCGGCUGCAAGUAGCCAGCCCUGUCACCGCCACCCUGCGCGUGACCCCGGCCCCACCUAGACCAUCGAGCCCAAGCUCCCCACAGCUGCAGGCAGGCAGGCAGGCAGGCACCCAGAGCUCCGCCUCCAGUCCCCUCCAGGAGGACUUCUCCCCAGGCUUAGCGGAGAAGACACUGCUUUACACCCCACAAAACCCGCCCUCAAAGAAAGGAACCGUCCAGGUGAUGGCCUGCCUGCAGGGCUGGUGGGGUCCCAAGGACGUCCUCAGCCGUAGCCAGCAGGAACCCUCUCUGCAGGGCCCUGGCCUGCAUCCCAUGGGGUCUGUGCCCACCAAUGGAGGCCCCCCGGCCUUUGCAAAGCCGGUUCUGCUUUGCCACCUCUCAUCUCCAGUUUGCAACGUGGACCCUGCACUCAUCUUUCCGAACGCGUCCACUGUGAAUGUGAUCUUCUCGCCCGGCUUCUUCACUGGCCUACGGGCCCUGUCUGUCUGCAGCUGGGUCUGCACAGCCUUGGGCCACCUGGGCACCCUCCUCUCGUACACCAGCAAAGAAAAUGACAAGCUGGUUCUGCAUGGCCGAGACUCCCUGCCCCCCGGCUCCAUCCACUCUGUGAUUGGAGACCCGGCCUUCAGGGAGCUGCCCCUCCAGCCACUGCCAGACAGCUGUUGGCACCAUGUGUGUGUCAUCUGGACGUCCAUUCUGGGCCUGGGCAGGUACUGGCUCCACAUGGGCCGAAGGCUAGUGGCCACUGGCUCCCGCUUUGGGGAAGGCUAUGAGAUUCCUCCGGGGGGCUCCCUCAUGCUAGGCCAGGAGCACGAGAGCAUUGGGGGCGGGUUUGAUGGCCCUGAGGCCUUUGUGGGGAGCCUAGCAGGCCUGGCCAUAUGGCACCGGGUGCUGGUCCCCAGGGAGGUCUCAAACCUGGCCACUGGGAAGGAGUUCCUGAUGGGUGCCAUCCUAACACUGGCCAACGCCGCAUCGGUAGACGGAUUCGUGCAAAGGGUGAACUGCACCUGCCUACAGCUCUGUUCCUGA